CGCGCCCACGCUGAUGACGGGAGCGCGCAUCUAGAAAAAAAGGUAAACAGGCGGGCACUCUUGCUGCUGCGCGCCACCGGCAGCACUUUGCUGUUUUGCACUUCAGCGUCCCGCCGGGUGAUCCCCAGCAUCCCGCAAGAUGACAAUUAACACCCUGGCUAAAGGAGGGCUGCACCGGGAGCAAAUGUCAUGUUUUCGGAAGAUGGAGAAAGUGAUUGUGGCCAUGCAGGACCCUGACAUGGGCAUGAAGAUGAGAAAUCAGAGGCUCCUCAUCACUGUCAUCCCACACGCCAUGACAGGUCAGGAUGUAAUUACCUGGUUGAUCCAGAAAUACCAUAUCUGUGAGGAGGAGGCUCUGCAUCUUGGCGAGAUGCUGGUCAGAAAUGGAUACAUUUACCCUCUCAAAGAGCCUCGCUGUCUUGUGUUACGACCCGAUGAGUCACCCUACCGCUUCCAGACUCCUUAUUUCUGGACAAGUACCCGCUGGCCUGCCACGGAGCUGGACUAUGCAAUCCAUUUGGCUAAAAAGAACAUAAGAAAACAAGGAGAACUGAUGGAAUAUGAAAAGGAGAGGUACAGUCUGUUGCACAAGCGGAUCAACCACACCUGGGACUUUGUGGUGAUGCAAGCCAGAGAGCAACUGAGGGCAUCCAAACAGAGGAGGAAGGCCGACCGAAUUGUUCUAGAGUGUCAGGAGCAGGCGUACUGGCUCAUCAACAGACCUCCGCCGGGGGUGCAGAAUAUGUUGGACUGGACUCUGGAGCGGCCAAACAACUUUAGCACACGAGUCCCUUUGAACAGUGACUACUACAAAAGUGAGAUUGAAACAUCCAGACGAGCUAUUGGAAGAAACCGAGUAAAGUCCUCUGUCUGCCUUGAAGGUUUUAUCAAGUACAGCGAGCAGUACCAGAACCACGAUCCCAUUAUGCAAGGCUGCCUUCCCAGUAAUCCCUGGAUCUCUGAUGACAUUGCAUACUGGAUGAUGAACUCAGAAAUAGUGCCUGUUCCCACUCGUCUGCGCGUGGAGCGUUGGAGCUUCAGGUUUAUGGAGCUUCUAUCUGACGCCAUGGGGAGGCGUGAGUUCAUGACUUACUUGGAGAAAGAGUUCAGUGCGGAAAACCUACAUUUCUGGCAGGCGUGUGAGGAAAUUAGACACGGAGAAAGCUCUAAGAUCGUGGAGAAAGUGGAAGAUGUUUACAAAAAUUUCCUGGCCCCUGGAGCGGCCCGCUGGGUCAACAUUGACAGUAAGACGAUGGAUAAAACUUUAGAAGGGAUGAAACGGCCGCAUCGCUUCGUCAUGGAUGACGCACAGAUGCACAUCUAUUUCCUCAUGAAGAAGGAUUCUUACCCCAGGUAUCUGAAAUCUGACCUGUACAAAAACAUGCUGGCCAAAGCCGUUGUCCCCCAGGAGACUAAGAAAAGUGUGUUCCCCUUCAUGAGGCGUCAGCGGCAUUCCAGCCCCUCCCCGGCUCAGGCCAGUGCCCGGGCAGCAGAAGAAGACGGCCGAGCAGGUACCAACUCUGCAGCGGGCUCCCACUUCUGAUGCAGGGGGCCCAGGAACAAUUUAGCUUUACUUGCAUCACUUCAGUCUCCAUUGUCUCCAUCGUUCAUCAACCAUGGACUUCCAAAUCACUAUAAAUGUCAGGAGGCAGAGCUCUUCUUUCACUGACAGAAAUACUUUUUAGCAUAUAACUUUCUGUAAGAAAACAGGCUUUAAAGCAUCAGAAACAUCUCACCUGAGCAUGAGCAGUGAACAGCAGCUUUCACUGCUGCUGCAUCUGCACCCUUCCUAUUCCUGCACCCAUUUGCUUUAGAUAUUGUCAGUCAUCUCAGAUGAUCUGUUUCUCUCUCAGCUCAUCAGAUUUUGUUCGCAUACAGUACACAUAUUUGCUAGCUCUGGUGAAGGCCAUGCUCUUAAAGGAAAAGAUAUUUAAUGUAAAUGUUGACGCGGCUUGUUUGUGAUUUUCCGUCAGUCAGUCUGUCCGUCCAGUUCAUUCCAUGCUGGAGCUGCACUGUGAUUGCUGUAAAUCUUGCUUGAGCUUGUUUUUAUCCCAAUAAAAUGUCACAAGAGCA